AUCGAACUGAUCGGACCGAUCCCAUUCUAAAAACUAGGGUUGAGGCACCUUUCGACGAUUCUCACCGAUUCCAUCGGCCGGAAGGGAAGCGAUCCCGAUUCCUGAUCGCUUCCGGGAUUUUAAACCUUGGGUUGUCGUAAUCUUUCAGAGCACGAACCUCCUCUUCUCCCUUCUUCUUCCUCCUUUGCCCUUUCUCAGAGAAACCAUAUAUUACCACCGCGGCAUGUCAGCCCCGUACUCCCGCCGCCCUGCGACGACAAGCACUCCUCGGUUAAGCCCACAAUCCUCUGUGUGUUUCUCUGCAAACCCUAGUAUUAGAGCCAACGCUCACCAGAAUCGGAGGAUUUAGAAUACGAGUUGGCAAACAAUUCAGAGCAAUGGCUCACCAAAAUCAGUAGAGAUAUGCGAUUGUGGAGUGCGAUUAUUAGGCUGUGUUUGGUGACACUCUCCGGAAUUGAUUUCAUUGAUUUCUUGCUCACCGGGAGCAGAUAGUGACCAAAAUAACGGUUAGCGUGCUGCUAUUCUGUGAAAUCCUACCUCCAUCUCCCCAUCCCCUCUUCUUCAAAUGCCUAUUCAAAAUUUGCGAAAGACUAACCCCAUCUCCCUGUUUCUUCUUCUUCUAUAAAACUCCAUUUCCCCAUCUCCUCUUCCUUAUACUGUGGCUUAGUGGUGCUGCCAACAAUGACGGACAACAAUUCCUCCGGCGCUGCUGCAAAUCCUCAUCCUUAGUUGAGCUGUUGUUGUUCCUCCUCUACAAAAAAGUUGGGAGACUCUUAACAGAUCCAAAGAUUCACUGCUUCCUAGUUCCCACAAUAGGUCCAAAAUCCUCUCUCCAGAAACUCUCUGAUGAAACCAGAAAACCCCCUCCACCUCCUCUCCCAGAAAUUGAGCACUGGCUGUCCGAUCAUUGAUCGUGUCCUCUCCGGUGGCAUCCCCUGCAACUCUAUCACGGAACUCGUUGCCGAGAGUAGUUGUGGUAAAACCCAACUCUGUCUCCAACUCCUUCUCUCUGCUCAGCUCCCUAUAUCUCAUGGAGGCCUUAAAGCCUCUUCUCUCUACAUCCACUCUGAAUUCCCCUUCCCCCUUCGCCGCCUCGAACAGCUCUCCCUCUCCUUCCGCUCAUCUUACCCCCACCUCUUCCCCCCUCAAGAUCCUUGUGAUUUCAUCUUUGUUCGUGCUGUCCAAUCUGCUGAUGAAUUACUUGUUCUAUUAGACAGAAUUGAUGCUCUGCUCACACACCCACCUUCAAAAUUACCAGUGAAGUUGGUUGUAAUUGAUUCGAUUGCGGCACUCUUUCGUUCAGAAUUUGAGAACACCCCUGCUGAUCUCAAGCGAAGGUCGUCUUUGUUUUUCAGGAUUUCAGGGAAGUUAAAAUCGCAGGCGAAAAGGUAUGGACUUGCUGUUGUGGUCACAAAUCAGGUUGUCGAUUUUGUGGCAUCUGAUGGUGUUAAUGGGCUGAGAGUUGGAAAUAUGAGGUGCUUGUAUUCAUCUGGAAGACAGAUUUUCCCUGCGUUGGGGUUGGCCUGGGCAAACUGUGUAAAUUCAAGGUUGUUCCUGUCGAGGAACGAUGAGAUUGUCGGUUGUGAUUCAAGGUUGGAGGAUGGAGGAGUUAAGGGUACAGGUGUUGUGAGGACUAGAAGGAAAUUGCAGGUCGUUUUUGCACCUCAUUUACCGGAAGCUUCUUGUGAGUUUGUGAUUGUGAGAGAAGGGAUUUUUGGAGUGAACAUGUAAAGAUUCUUUUUAAUUUUCUUUAUGUAUUUUGGUUUUUGUAUUUUGAGGGAGCUCUGAGACAUUGUUUUUUGAGAUAUGUGGCUCUCUGUAACACGUUGAAUGUAUCCUUGUUUUUGCCCAUCAAAAGAAAUUUGAAUUUGAAUCUUUCUGUA